AUGGGGUUCUCACCUCGUCUUCUCUUGUGCGCGCUGCUUCCUCUCCUUCUAUCCCGACGCAACCUCGCCACCCAAACCAACCGUACCAUCGAUGAUCAUUAUGGGGACUCAGUGACGGGGGUUGUACCUAUCUAUGCUAGUUCAUGGAACUAUGGCCCCAGCUGCCCAGGCUGCAGGGUCCAGCCAAACCCCGAGCUCGUUUUCGACCAAUCGUGGCACGAUGCUACCGCACAUCCAGGCCAAUCAGAACCGCAGACUGUCACCCUCACCUUUACCGGCACCGCAAUCUGGGUAUUUUGCCCCCUGCCAGGAUAUAUCGAGUGGAUCACUACCUUCGUCAAUAUCAGCUUUGCGUUGGAUGGUCAAGUAGACGGAACAUUUACAAGUCCAGGAACGGGCCCUGAUAUGUUGUACAAUGUCACGGUAUACAGCAAAACCGGACUACCGAACACCCAACAUACGCUUGUUAUAACUCCACAGUACUACGUGAACGCGAGCUAUAUAGCGUUUGACUACGCAAUGUACACGGUAAUCACAACAGACUCAAGGGGUCAUACUGUCACUACCACUGAGACCUCUGUGUUCACUAGCACAAGUAGGAGCCCUACGGUUACUUCUGGCUCUCCCGACCGCGUGAAAUCUACCGCGAGCUCGGGCGUUACCAGCAGUGCAACCUCAAAGACCCCACACAGCUCUACUGUCACUCCUGGUGGCUCCUUGUCGACAUCGCCUUCGCCUCAGCCGUCCAUUGGGAUCAUUAUAGGUGCUACAGUCGGUGGUCUUCUAAUUAUCAUCGCUGCCGCUGUAUUCUACUUCUGCCGCCGCCGCCGGCUUCGUCGUCGGCUUCUCCGGCAAACCCAGCUGAGACGUAUAGAGGAGCUCUCCCCACCCAUCACACCUUCUUUCGACACAUACCAAGAUCAGCCCAUGACAGGACGUCGUGUGUCAUUCAGCGACGAGGAGCCCAAGCCAUUGCUGCGCUCUAGAUCUACCUUAUCACUCUCACCCUUAUCACUAACGGGGACUUCUAUCGGCGUCGAGCCCAGUGUAGAUCUCAGCGACACGGUCGCACAAUCAUCUCGACGAAGGGGCACAAGCGGUGCAACUGAUCACGACGACUCACGGACCGAUAUCACAAAGGCCACGCUGAUGGAAGAAGAGCUGACCCGCCUCGAGCACCUGCUCCAUCAGGGUGCAGCUCCUCCAGAACCCACUGCGGCGGUGGCGAGAGCCGAUGUACCUUCAGAAGCCAUUGCGCCUCAGGAGGUGGCAGGGCAAGGCGACGCAGCGUUGAGGAGGCAGAUAGAGCUUUUACAGAAUUGGGAAAGCUUGUGCCAGCAAAUGCUUUGCAUCAUAGAUCUAUCGAUGCAAACAUCGAAAAGAUUUCAUUCUAACUUAUUCUCAAGCGAUAAUGAGGUCCGGAAGCUCCCCUUCUAUCAGGAUGUGUUCCUCAGGAUGGGUUUUUCACCCCGCCUCAUCCCAGUCAUUGUCCUUCUUUUUCUGCCCCGAUUCCUUGCCUCCCAAACCAUCCGGACCAUCGACGACCACUACGGGGACUCAGUGACGGGAGUGGUACCUGUUUAUGGUAAUGUAUGGAACUAUGGCCCCACCUGCCCGGGCUGCAUGGUCCAGCCAAACCCCGAGCUCGUUUUCGACCGAUCGUGGCACGAUGCUACCGCACAUCCAGGCGACCCGGAACCGCACGACGUUACUCUCACCUUUACCGGCACCGCAAUCUGGGUAUUCUGCCCCAUGCCAGGAUACAUCUCGGAGUGGGUCACUACUUUCGUCAAUAUCAGUUUUGCGUUGGACGGCAAAGCGGACGGAACGUAUACAAGUCCAGGGACGGGCCCUGAUAUAUUGUACAAUAUCACGGUAUACAGCAAGAUGGGACUACCGAACACCCAGCAUACGCUUGUUAUAACUCCACAGUACGAUGUGAACCCGAGCUAUAUAGCAUUUGACUACGCAAUGUACAUGUAUGAGGAUGUCGAGACGCCCUCCAAUACGAAUACAAGUAUCAGCAUUACUAGUGUUGGCACCAGUACCGCUGCAACAGGUUCGGCGAGUCAGGUCGUUACUUCCACUGAGACCACCGCACCCACGAGCGAGCCCCCUACUAGCAGCAUAAACUCCGCGGUAAUCCAAAGUCAUUCUAGUGGGAACCCAACCAGUCGCGUAGACUUCACGCCGACGUCAAGCGACGAGUCUAGCAGCACGACCACAACGGCUACGUCGGGCACAUACUACCCUUCAUCUACUAUUGCGGAUUCCGGCCAAGUCUCUGCUGGUUCCUCCACACCGUCGCACGGUUCGAGGGCGCAUAUCGGAGCCAUCGUGGGCGGUGUUGUCGGUGGGUUUGCGGUCGUCGUCGCAGUUGCCGUUCUAUACUUCUGCUAUUGUCGCCGUCGCCGUUCCCAAUCGGCAUGGGCCAACCACAUGGCGAAGAUCUACACUGCAGGUUCUACCGCUUCAAGUCAUAAUCAAGAUCAACCUCCCUCUUGGCGUCAGGGAGAAUUUACUGAUGAGAAGUCCAAUCCUCUUCUUCGCUUCACUCCAUCGUCCUCACGCCUGCCGCGAAUGCGAACCACUGCCAUCGUUGGAACCGCCGCGGACGUUGACCACGACGCGCAGACUGGCAUCACGGAGAAGGCGCGGAUGCAAGAAGAGCUCAACCGCCUUGAGCAAGAAAUGGCGGAUCUGCUCCGUCAGCAGGCUUCCGCAUAUCGCGAUGCGAUGUCAAUGCGUGUAGAGUCGUCUCUGGACGAUGCUGCAACCCAAGAAGCUGCAGUUGACGGAGAUGCAACGUCGAAGGUCACUGAGGAUGGAAUUUGGGAGAAUGAAGGCACAAGGCAAAAGCCUCGUAGCACGGGGAACUCCACCGCAGUUCUUAUAGCCAGUACACUGGUCCCGUCAGAAGCAGGUAUGAUAUACACGCAAGACACAGGGGUGAACACCCAUCACUGGCAACACUGCGAGAGUAAAGCAUACGUAGAGGCUGUCUGGGUGUGCACACGAGCAUGGCUGCGCCCUGAAGGCACAACCAGCAGCACGUAUGUCCAGGCCUACAAAGUGCAGCAGUUUACGAUCUGCGUGGACGAAGGCAUGGGAGCCGGAACGGUUCAAUAG